UUGGGUUUGUGUGGCCAAUAUAAAUAUGGUUAUAUGUGAGGUUGCCAAGAGGGCAAGGAAGCUCAAUUCAUUUCAAUCAAUCUCUCUUUCUCUCUGCAUCUCAAUUGUCAAGAUUUUUGCCUUGGAUUUAAAAAUGGCAGGCAAUCCUCACUACGAAGGAGAUCCAAAAGCUGUGGAGAAGAUCAAUAAUGGAUACAAUGUGAAGCCAAGAGCUCUCAACAUUGUUUGGGGCAACGAUCCGCGGUACUGGGAAGUCCCUUCUAGCAGUGACAGCAACAAACCCGCAGAGCUUCUACAAGUGUGUUGGCUGGAAGUAACUGGUUCAGUGGAUAUUAAUCCGAAGAAGCGUUGUGAAGUGGCGUUUGAGGUGUCGUUAACCCCGGAUGCGUUCGGAUGGGGCGGAGCUCCGGUCUACAUCAUGGCAAAGAGAGGGAAGAAGGGUAAAUUUGCAUGGAAAAAAGAACCAUUGAUCACCAGUAAUAAUAAUAACUCAAAUGAGGGUUCAGAGGUAUUUUACAUAAAGACUACCAGCAAACCUGACCCGGAAAACCUAGAGGACACAAAGCUGUAUUUUGGGUUGUAUGAAGUUUGGAGUGGGAAAUGGAAAGGAGGACUAAAGAUUAAUAAAGUUAUUGUCAAGGAAUUACUAGACUCAUCAUCAUGAACGGGAAUUUGAAUUGGUGGAUUUCAUUUGAAGCACUCAAAAUUUUUGGUUUUCAUCUUUGGCGAGAGAAUUCAUUUCUGCAUUUAUAUUUCAAGAUUGUUCAUACUUUCGAGAAAGCCCCAAUCUCAUUACAGUUUGAUAACCCAUUACCUGGUUUUGUAUUCACCCCUUGUGUAUGAUUGAUACUGGCUUGAUACAGAGAUCUAUUUAUUGUAUUUUGAAUAAAACUAUGAAAUUGACGAUAGUGAAAUUCUGAAUAAGAAGUAAAAAAUUUUGUCCGAGUGGUUUCCAAUUACUAUUUCAAUUUCAAGCAUUCAAAUGAUUAUUAGU